AUGGCAAAGAGUAGAGGAGGAGGAGUAACCAAUGUCCGCCGUAGUAAGUGCCAACAAGGCAUUGAUGUGAGUCCUGCCGUCGAGACAACUUACUGUAAUACAAAAAAAAAUGGGGAAGAAGUGCUUCUACAAACUGGUAAAGAGAAUGUUGGAGAAGAUGGCAAGAUUGGAGAACACUCAGAAGAAGUACUAGAAUUGCAGCCUACCAGUGGAGUAGUUCAGUCACAAGGUAAUGUAGAGGACAAAGAAGUUGGAGAAACUUUUCAGCCUGCUGAAACAGAAGGCGAUGCAGAGGAUAAAGAAAUUGGAGAAACUUCUCAGCCUGCUGAAACAGAAUGCGAUGUAGUGAACAAAGAAGUUGGAGGAACUUCUCAACCUGAUGAAACAGAAGGUGAUGCAUUGAACAAAGAAGCAACUUCUCAGCCUCCUGAAGUACAAGUUGGUUGUGUUUCAAGAUCAGACAUGGCAAAGAGUAGAGGAGGAGGAGUAACCAAUGUCCGCCGUAGUAAGUGCCAACAAGGCAUUGAUGUGAGUCCUGCCGUCGAGACAACUUACUGUAAUACAAAAAAAAAUGGGGAAGAAGUGCUUCUACAAACUGGUAAAGAGAAUGUUGGAGAAGAUGGCAAGAUUGGAGAACACUCAGAAGAAGUACUAGAAUUGCAGCCUACCAGUGGAGUAGUUCAGUCACAAGGUAAUGUAGAGGACAAAGAAGUUGGAGAAACUUUUCAGCCUGCUGAAACAGAAGGCGAUGCAGAGGAUAAAGAAAUUGGAGAAACUUCUCAGCCUGCUGAAACAGAAUGCGAUGUAGUGAACAAAGAAGUUGGAGGAACUUCUCAACCUGAUGAAACAGAAGGUGAUGCAUUGAACAAAGAAGCAACUUCUCAGCCUCCUGAAGUACAAGGUGAUGCAGAGGGCAAUGGAGUGGAAGACGCUUCUCAACCUGCUGAAAAUAAAAAUGUGGAUGUCUCCUUGCAAAUAGAUCCUUGA